GGUAAGUUUCGGCGGCCUUGCGGGGUCAAUCGGCACCCGUUACCGAUAUUAAGACAUCAACUACUGUACAAUAUCUCCCCUCUCCUCAUCCUUCGGCGAACUCAACACAGCACUCAUAAUCAAGUGGAAUUACAAUCAUGAUCGCCGGCAUAGCACACGUCAACCUCACCGUCCCGGAGAACACACUACACUUGGCGUCUGAGUUCUAUGGCGAGACAUUAGGUCUAACGCCGCGUGCUGUCCCUUCACAGCAGCGGGGUCGGCUGGCGUGGUUCGACAUCGGUAGCUCCGGCCAGCAAGUGCAUGUCGCGCCUGGACCGAGCAGUGAUUUCGAGAAGAGCUCCGGGCGACAUCCUUGCUUUAAGCUUGAGAGUGUGCAGGCGCUGCUUGAGGUUCGUCAACGGAUAUGGGAGCACUACGAGCGUGGAGGGGAUGCGGCGCCAAAGGCGGCGGAUAAGCCUGGCGGGAAAAAUAGUGGUGAACAGGGCGUCGAGUAUCCUGAACGGUUCUUUGCGAGAGACUUUGCGGGGAAUAGGUUGGAGUUUACCAUCUAGUACUAAACUUCGGGAAGGGAGGUGCGGUGCUUGUGGCGACGAUUCCAAGUAGACGGUAGGUGAUGAGACUGGACGAAGUUUACGAGAUCGAUUGGACGAAGCUAUCUGGACAAAGCCAUCUGG